AGACGUCCCGUUAGAUUUCUAGAGGAGGGGGUUAUGAUCAAGAAAAGUCUAAACUCUGCUUAGAAGACAAAAGUGGACUACAAAGUCCAAAUUAAUCCCUCCUGUCUUUGUUUUCUGUCUCUGAAAUCUAAAAGCCGUGAAGAGGGGGAUUUUAUUCUGUUCUUCUUGGAGUGCGUUUUUCUUUCUUCCCAACCUGAGGGGACUUAGCACCAUCAGAGGAAAUGAGAUGUGAGUGAGCUAUGCCUGGUGGAAAUGGACAGACUUUAUCCAAGCGAGAAGAUGGCGUCUGGGUCCCAAAGUUCAGCUUCUUCCCCAGUUUGCUUGUGGCGCUCUGCUGUCUGGAGGUGUGGGGCUCCGGGCCGCAGGGAGCCGGCGGCGGCGGCAGCUGCAGCCCCUGUCCCGUUAACUGCAGCUGUGCGCCUGCAGGGCCGCAGCGGCUCUGCGUGGUCAACUGCUCCAACAUCGGGCUGGAAAGGGCCCCAGCGGCCGCUGACUUACCGCCGACCGUCAACGUGUUAGAUCUGUCCAAGAACCACAUCUCCUCCCUUGAUACCAGCCUGCUAGAUCGUCUAACUGGGCUCCGAACCCUGUACCUACAAGGAAACCGGAUCAAUGUUUUCCCCAGAGGUGUGUUCUGUUGUGGGCCACUGUCAGUUCUAGAUCUGAGCGACAAUCAAAUCACCACCAUAGAAGAAAGGAUAUGUGACAACUUAUGUAACCUAACACAAAUUGAUCUAAGCAAUAAUCCUUUUGAGUGUGACUGUAAGCUGUUCCGACUGGUGAGGUGGCUGCAGGAAAAGGGAGUCCAAGUCCGACCCCCUGAUGCCAAGCUCUGCAACCUUAGCCUGGAAACCUGUGGUCUUAGCUACGCCGCUUGUCUUGAGGACAGCAGCAGUCGAGGAGGAGGUGGAAGUGAGCUUGUAAUCUUCACCUACUCUAAACCAGGGAACUACACACGUGAACAGUGUAACAGCGUGUGUUUUGGUUUGUCGCAUCUCUAUGGGGGCUUGGGAGAAAGGCAUGAGUGUCUGUGUAGCACAAACAACGAGCCCAACUUCAUCAGCGGAUCUCACUAUUCGGCUGCCUGCAACGAUCGCCAAGUGAUGAAGAAAUGUGGGUGGACUCUGGCCCGUGAUGUGUUUGCGGUGGAGUUCUCCGUCUCAGUGAGGCCUCUCCCGCUCCAAAGCGUGCACAACCUAAUCGUUUUCUCCGCCACGUCCUCUGUCACGCCCGUGACCCUUUUCUGGGACUUUGGUGAUCAAACGCCUCAGGUCAACACUACAGGAAUGGGUGUCACCACUGCAGCCCACAAGUUUGCAAUUCCAGGACGUUACAAAGUCAGUUUGAAGGCUGUGGCUGGACACAAGGAGGUUGUGGCACGCACAGACGUGACUGUUGCUCUUCCUCCCAAACUCGAGCUGCACUGUCCCUCAUCCGUUGUGGCUAACAAGAGUCUGGAGGUCACUCUUGUCAGUUGGGGUGGAAUCAACUUAGAUGUGAAUUGGACAAUUUCAAAGAAUGACGUCCAGGUUGCCACAGCCUUACCGGACUGUCCACAGGGAGAAGGGGUGUUAGACAGAAAGUCCUCGACCUGUUUCCACAUCUUUCCAGAGGAGCUGAGCUGGAAGGAUGCACGACAGCAGUGUUUGCGCCGCAACGGGGAUCUGGCUGUGGUUAGGAGUGAUGAACUGCGCAACCUUUUGGCACGCAAGGUCACACACAGGGAACGAGGCAUUUGGCUGGGCUUGAGUGAUGUUAACUCACCAGGGAAGCUACGCUGGGUUAACGGGUCAGCAGCUCAGGAGGGUGAAGAGGGCCAGCAGCCCCACUCAUCGAUCUCUCCUGGAAACGUGUGUGUGUCGUUCGAUCAGAACGGUCAGACCAGCUCACACCUCUGUGACUCGAAAAGGGCUUAUGUCUGCCAAUACAAUCCCCAAGUGCGUGUUCCAGAUGCCGGAGUGUACAUGUUGGGCAUGACAGUCUUUUCUUCCCAAAGUCCAAUGCAUCCUUUAUCAUCUACUCUCCUCACUGUUCCACAACCUCCCAGCCAUGCCAUAGAGAUGCUGUUGUUUCCUGCAAUGAGCUUUGUUCAGGCAGGCCGUCUGUCCUCUUUGGAGUUUGUCACCAGGAACCUGAGCUCACAAGUCCACAUCAGAUUCCAGACCUACAGACCCAAAUGCCCCGGCCAACACCUGCUGCUACCUAGUUGCGGGGGUCCGGCUUGCUCUCCAGUUGCUGUCUGUGUCCCCAGUCACACGUUGACCAAAGAUCCUCCAUCAUGCCCCCCAGCAGAGCAAUGGUGUCCCUUCAAGGGUCGUUGCCUGGCCUUGUCAGAUCCAUGCCACUCAACUUCCUGUACUAACUGCACGCCUGGUCACAAUCUGCCACCUGGGGCAUCAAGGCCUAAAUACACCUUAACGAAUGAAAUAGUGUUCAGUCUCCCAGCAGGCCCAGGACAUGUAUUGAUACAAGACCAGCUGGAGGACAUCAUGGUGUUCCCUGGUGAUGUUAUCGCUCUGCAACAUGACAGUGGCCCAUCAUCUCUUCUUCAGUGUCAGUCUUCCCCACAGUCGUUGUGGCGACAGCCUGUUUUAGCCCUGAACUUAUCGGAGUGGUUCUGGAUGAACAGCACCAGAGAGUUGGUAGAUUUCUCAGAUCUGAACGUGGAAAAUUUUGUGAAGAAUGGUAAGGGAGGCUGGCUGGAGGAAGAAACAUGCUUGAUCAGAGUGCUCUAUGUGGGACAAAAUGAGACCCGGCUUCAGGGAGCGCAGCUGUCUGUCGGUCUACCCCAGCCUGGACUCUACAGCCUGCUGGUUUCCUCCACUGAGCCAUCCUACCCUUCUUCAGCAUCGUGUCCACUCCAAAUAGUACCUCCCCUGGGUUUGACGAUCCUCCACCCUCCAAACAAUGGCACCCUCUACAUGCAGCCAAACAACACCCGGCUCGUUCUCCGCGUUCAUUCUCAAUAUGAGACGAGGGUAUCUCGUCUAGGCACCAAUCAUAGUGUGACCUUCCAGUCAGAAUGCCCGACUGAAUUAUUUUCCAGUCAAACUGUCUGUCAGCCUGGGUGGAGCCCUGGGUCAGAGGUUAAGGUCUCACAGCAUUUCAUGUAUGCAGUGUUAGAUCUGAGUCUGAAAAGAGAGGAAAAGAGCGGUCCAGUGAAGGUAGAGCUGGAGGCUCAUAAUAAUGUGACCGAAUCAAGCCUGACUGUGGUUGUUCACCUUGAAGAACCACUUGAAGGACUGGUGGUGAAGCCAGACCCAGAACACAGGGUCCUGAUGGACUCAGUGGUGAGCUAUACUGCUUCAGUGGUUAAAGGGUCUAAUCCAACAUUCAAAUGGACUGUGGACGAUAAGCCCUACUUCACUUACUUCAACAGUGUCCUCAACGUGAUCUACCAGAAUGCUGCCAUCUACAAGCUCACCGUGACAGCAACGAACCAUGUCAGCACACUGGUGAAACAUUUCAACAUAACUGUGGACCGACUGCAGCCAAUGGCCAACCUCACAGUGAAGGGGGUACCAGAUGUGGUCCCUCAGGGGUCCAAUCAGACUCUCACCACCUCCGUCGUCGUGGACAUGUCGGUGCCAGCCACGUUCCGAUGGUCUUUUGGUGAUGGCGGAUAUGAGGAAUUUGAGUCAAAGCCUCCAUAUUCUCCUUCUCUCCUUUGUCCAGCCUCCCCUAAUCAAAUCCUCUUGAGCAAAAACAUCACCUAUAUCUACUCUCAGCCAGGUAUUUACACAGCACUGGUGUCAGUAUCCAAUCGCUAUGAGAACAUCAGCCAGAGCAUCAACAUGAGUGUUUACAGCAUCCUGACUCGUGUCGACAUACAAACAGAGCCGCAGUUUCUGCUCGCAACAAAGUUGGCUGAAUUUGAGGCCCAUCCUCUGCCCUCACCGUAUGGCAUUCACUACGACUGGAACUUUGGGGACGGCUCCGCCCUCCAACAAGGCCGCCGUGUGGAACACACAUUCUCAGAGAGUGGCGUCUUCAACGUCUGUGUAUCAGUAAACAACACCAUCAGUUUCACAUCAGCCUGUGCAGAGAUAUUUGUGUACGAGGAGAUCGAAGACCUCACCGCUCAAAGCUCAUCUCCCACAGAACUCCAAAGCCGCACUACUGUUAGGGCGCACCUGGGUUCUGGUAACAACAUCACCUGGACGUUCUCAAUGGGGGACGGCACCAUAUACACCACAUCUGAACCUCAGAUGUCGCACAGCUACAUCAAAGAGGGCAAUUACACAGUAAACGUGACGGCCAAGAAUGCGGUGAGCUCCGGUUGGACAAUCCUUCCGGUUCAUGUGUAUGUUUUACAAGUCAUAAGGAUGGAGCCUGCAGGAUGUGUCCAAGAGCGGACCAAAGUGGUCUUUCAUGCACAGGUCUCUGGUAAUGCAACAAUUCACUAUUAUCAGUGGAGUUUUGGGGAUGGUAGCCCCAAUGAAACUUUUCAAGGCAACCCCAUGGUCUCGCACACCUACCAGUCCAGUGGGAACUACCACCUCUCUCUGCUCCUUUCAAGUGGAGUCAACAAAGCCACUAAAGCUAAUUUCUUCAACUGGGUGUGUGUGCAGCCGGCUUUGACAAACAUCAGCUUCAUCCCUGAUAAAUCCCACUAUACCGUUGGAGAAGAAAUAUAUUUCAGAGUGACUGCUGAGCCUGAGUUCAACUACAGCUAUCGGUGGGACUUUGGUAGAGAGGAAAGUCCAUUCCUCAUCCAUGGCUCUGGAAAUGUUGUGACAAAGUAUAAAAAGCCAGGUCAUUAUCUGGUAACUGUUUAUGUCUUCAACAACAUCUCUGCCAAUAACGCCAGUGCUGUUAUUGACAUUCUAGCACCAGUUGGACCAAUCUUGAUUCAUCACAAUGGGACAAAUUACAAUAACUUGUCACGGGGUGCUCCAUACGCUUUCACAACUUCUUCCUUGGCCUCCGAUGUCAUUUACACCUGGAGUUUUGGAGAUGGAAGUGUGCUUAGAGGUAAACGUGUCCUCCAUUCCUACAACAUCUCUGGGAAGUAUAACAUUAGACUUCAAGCUGACAACAGUGUUAGUCAUAACGAGACUGCUCUACAGAUUAUUGUGCUUGCACCGAUCCUAAGACUGAGGGUCAACUCUAGUUUGGUAAAUGUCCCUCUUAAUGAUUCAGUCCACUUUGAGGCCUACAAGGAGGAGGGAGAUGGUGUACGAUAUUUUUGGAUUCUGUGUGACCGCUGCACCUCAAUCCUAGGAAAUCACACCAUGUUCUACACCUUUCGCUCCAUUGGCACCUUUAACAUCAUUGUAAUAGCAGAGAAUGACGUGGGAACAGCCCAAGCAAGUAUCUCCUUGUUUGUCCAACGAAGGCUGGAGGGUCUGCAGAUUUUGAAAGAGAAAGAGGGCAGAACCGCUGCACUGGAAAGCUGUUGCCAUGAAACAAACAGUGGUCUCCGCCUUCAAGCAGGAUUGAAGGAGGGCACAAACAUGACAUUUAGUUGGAGCAUUGUCACAGAACUUGAUCCUGACAGCUCAUUUAAUGCAAGUGGGAAGACUGUGGAGCUGAACAUCCCAAAGCCAGGACCCUGCGACAUCUCUCUACGAGCAGAGAACCUCCUGGGUCACCUUGUGGUCAACAAAACCAUCAAUUUUUUUGAACCACCAGCAGAUGUUUUCCUAAAAAUCAGCAAUAACCCAGUUGCCACUGGAGCUUCAACAAACCUGACAGUAGAGAUCACGAAAGGUUCAGAUCUGCAGUAUCAGUGGUCUGUGGAUGGAAGAAAUCUACAGUGGACCAAGCCGUCAUUGACCUACACCUUCAAUAGUCCAGGCCUAAAACAAGUUUCUGUAACUGUCUUCAAUGAUUUGAGCUCAGCAAACGUAACGAAUACCAUCCACGUGCAAGAUAUGAUUUCUGGGUUAAGUUUCUCAGGACCCAAUGAAGAGGAUCAGCUUUAUGUGAAAACCGGAGCUAACGUCUCUUUUGAGGGGAAGGUGAAGAUGGGAACUGAUGUGAGGUGGACAUGGCUGGUGGAAGGAAAAACUAAAUCAGGAAAGAAAAUCUUUGUGGAUUUUACUGAGCCAAAAACUGCCACCGUCACGCUCAAUGCCACCAAUAACAUUAGCAGUGAAUCCAUUUCAAGGAAGUUCAUUGUUCAGGAUGCGAUUAAAGCAUUGGAACUGAAGGUGAGUAAGAAGCUGGUAGCAGUUAACGAAAAUGUGGUGUUCACCCCCUAUGUGAUUGGAGCUACGGACGUCAACUUAACCCUCAGCAUCGACAACGGGAAAACGAUCUACCUUCAGGCAAACAAAAACUUCACUCAGAACUUCAGCAGGGCAGGCACCUACAUGAUGAAUCUGAUGGGAUGCAACAAGAUCGACUGUAAAAAAACCAACGUCCAGAUUGUGGUGAUGGAGCCAGUGAGUGAGCUUUCAAUCCAGGGAAUCCAACCAGCCAUUCCCGUUGGAGAGACGAGGAUAUAUACUGCUGACAUCAAGAAGGGGGAACCUGUUGAUUUCUUGUGGACGUUUGACAUGCCUCACUUAAAAGUGUCUUACACCCCGGAACAACCAGGCACUUUGAUUAUUUAUCUGGGAGCUUUCAAUAGCAUAAAUUGUCGGAACAUCACCGAGCGCAUACAAGUGCAGACAAAGAUCAAUUCUACUAACCUGUAUGCCAUGCCGCAGGAUACUUUCAUCAACAAGACAAUCACUUUUAUGGUCUCGAUUACUCCUAAAUCUAGCCCAGUGAACUGCACAUGGGACUUUGGGGAUGGCUUUGUAAAAGCCAACAACAACACCGACCCUGUUCACUAUAAGUACAGUAAUGCGCAACAUUAUCAGGUCCAGGUAAACUGCAGUAACCAGGUGAGCUCGGAUUGGGACAAGGUGGAGGUUAACAUCAGAGAAUUGGACUGUGAGGAGCCAGACGUUCAGAUUUCUCAGUCCCGCCUGGUUCUUUGGCGUUCUCAGCCUAUUUCAGCAGAAGCCAUAGUGGACUUAAAGGGCUGUUUUCACUACAGAGCUCAUUACCUAUGGCAGGUUUUUCCAGAGUCCUCCUGUGAAGAUUUAAUGAGAGAGAGAGAGAGCCCUCUACCCCCCAACCUGAGGUCUCAGAUUCCUACCAGUGAAGCAGUCCGCCUGCCUGUGGAGGUGGAUGUGCAGCGGCUACAGCUGCUGCUGCCGAAGAGGGCUUUGGCAGCAGGGAACUACUGCUUAGUCUUUUCUCUGGCAUAUGAAGGUGUGCCUCUAAGGAAGGAUGCUUAUCUGGAACUCAGUAUCGUGGCUGCUAAGUUGAAGCCAAUUAUCGAGGGGGGAAGUCACAGGGUUUGGCCCAGGACUCAGGACCUGCAGCUCAGCGCAGAGCAAUCCUACGACCCCAACAUGGACCCAGACAACCAGUCUCCACUGUAUUAUCUAUGGGAGUGUGAAACUACAUCUAAGUUUGCAGACCACUGUGCUACCCUGAACCUCAGCUUUGGCUUAAGCGAUCCUGUGUUGGAAAUCUCCGGCUCCGAGCUGGAGGCAGAUGUUGAGUACACUUUCAAGUUAACUAUCAGCAAAGAGGGCAUGCCACCAGAGUCCACCACUCAGACUGUGCUUGUGCAGAGCGGCUCCAUUCCCAUGGUGUCUCUGGAGUGCGUGUCCUGCACGGCCCAUUCCAUUUACGAGGUCAGCCAGAACUUCCGCUUCUUACUCAAAGGAACCUGCAACAACUGCAAGGGAUUUCACAGAGGGCGAUGGAGCGCCAUGACGCUGCACAAUGAAACUCUGGUCCUGGACUCCUCUUCCACCACCACAGGGAGCGACGGCAUGUAUCUGGUGCUGCGGAAGGGCGUCCUUAGGGACAAAGUAUCCUAUAUCUUCACGCUGCAUGUAACAGACAGCAGUUUGGAUGGUGAGGGAGCGGCCUCUUAUAUACUACACCAAAACAUGCCCCCAGAAGGUGGUGAGUGUCACCUUACAGCGGCAGGGGAGGCAGGAAUAUUGUCAGGGGUUGGAGAUGACUGGAGGAUCCGGACAUUGCUGGACCAAGUGCAUUUCAACUGCUCAGGUUACAGUGACUUAGGGGUCUCAGAAACCCCCUUUCUGUACAGCCUGCUGGUGACACGCUGUAGGGAAGACUACUGCGAGGAUUUCUGCAUUUACAAAGGCAGCAAUCCGGAGCACUCAGCGUUCCUCCCACCAGGCUUCCGCUCAGCACGACACCGUGUGUCCGUAUCCAUCACAGUGGAGGACUACGAGGGAGCUGCCUGUCUGGCACUUAAUAAAACCAUAGAGGUUGUCCUGCCAGAUCUGCCCCCAGAGUACAGCAGUCUUCCUCACUGGCUGUCUGAGAUCACCGACAGCAAACUGAAGAAGCUGCUAGAGCAAGGAGACUCGCAAAGGGUCAGAGAGUUGUCGCUCGCUCUCAUUACAGUGCUAAAUGAAUAUGAACAAACCAGAGAGUCUUCACGCGUGUCCCGAGAUGAGCGUGACUACAGAGUCAGAGUCCGCAGCAACAUCACCAGAGCCCUGACUGCUCUUGACCUGAACACGUUCAGCGACAUCCAGCAGACAUCUGCCGCCCUGGCACAGUGCACGGCUGUAAGUCGGGAGUUUAUCUGUGAGGAAUGUCAGAACAGCACUCUGAACAAGCUGGAGUCGAUGUUGGAGAUUCUGCAGACGGACACCAAGCAAGGCAUGGUCCCCCCGACUGAGAUAGCUGAUAAUAUCCUGAACAUCAUGGGUGAUCUGAUUCAUCAGGUCAGCCAAUCAGCCUCCCAUUAUACUUAUGUGGAUAGUCCUUCUCCCUCCUCAUCCUCGUCAUUGCCUGAUGAACAUGGAAACCUCCUGAUCGAAGCCCCACAUUUCCCACCAGAACCACACCCUCUGCACGUGGCAGCAAAGGCCUACAGCCUGUCCUCUGUCCUCAUGCUCAUCCUCAUGCAUGCCCGGGUCCCCAACGAGGAGCCACUGAUCCUAAGGGGGGCUGAGAUAGCUGCCACAGGAAAACUGGCCGACCCCCAGAGUCUCCUGUGCUACCAUGGCAACAGCAGCCCAGAAUGCCAGCAGUUCUCCAUCCCUCGAGCUUUCAACCAAAGUCUUGGCAGAGCUGCUGUAGGAAACAGCAUCUUGCAGCUACUUUUUCAGGUGGAGUCCAAUCCCUUUCCCUUCAACUACAUCUCCAAUUACGCUGUUUCCACUGAGGUGGCAUCCAUGGAGUUUCGCACAGAAAAUGGCACCCACAUCCCCAUCUCAGGGCUUGAUGACAGCAUGGCCAUUACUGUUGCCAUUAACAACAGCAGCUGCAGUGGGGAAGCAGGUGCUGAGGGUCCUGGCACCGCUGGCCUCCCCUUGGCCGGAGCCGUAAACGUCAGCCGCUGCAACUCGGUGGUUGUUAGGGUCAGUGCAGGAAACAGCAAUCGACAGGCAGGCCUGUUUGUGCAGCUCAACUUCACGUCUAUAGAAGAAGCCAACAAGAAUGAUGUAGACAAAACGGUGAAAGAGGAGCCCUUCCUAAACGCCUACCUCCACUCCCAUGAGCAACCCAAUGAGUUCAACUGCACGGACCGAAAGCGUAUCACUCUCAGUAUGACCAGAGGGCAGGACCACAGGAAGUACACCUUCUUUCUGUCACCAGAGUCCUAUGACACUACUCAGGAUUACUUCAUCAAUGUAAGCAUGCCAUGCAGCCCUGAUUCACAGCCUGCUAGUGUUCGCCUGGAGGUGGGGGUGUUUGCCACACUGUGUCAGUACUUCAGUGAGGCCGAGAAGCAGUGGAGGACAGACGGCAUGGUGCCUUUGGCAGAGACCAACUUCAGCAGAGCUGUCUGCCGCACCAGACACCUCACCUCUUUUGCAGCAGGCCUGUUUGUACCCAGCAAUGCCGUUAGCUUUAAGAUGCCAGAGCAGUCAGGUGCACCAAGCUUGAUUGUGCUGCUGGUGUGCAUACUUGGACUGCUGAGCUACAUUGUGGCUGCAGCCAUCCUGCACAAACUGGAUCAGUUAGACCUUCGCCAAGCAGGUGUGGUACCACUCUGCGGCCAGAACGGGUGCUUCAAGUAUGAGAUACAAGUCAAAACUGGCUGGAGCAGAGGGGCAGGCACGACGGCUCACGUUGGAAUCAGCCUUUAUGGACGUGAAAGCAGAAGCGGACACCGGCAUCUUGACAGCAAAGGAGCUUUUACCCGCAAUGCUCUCAACAUCUUUCACAUUGCCACAGACACCAGCCUGGGUAGUGUGUGGAAGAUCCGGGUUUGGCAUGAUAACAAAGGCCUCUCUCCAGCCUGGAUGCCACAGUAUGUGUUGGUUAAAGACCUGCAGACUGAGAGCAGCUAUUACUUCCCGGUUGAGGAGUGGUUGUCUGUAGACAAUGAAAGAACAGGUGGACGGGUGGAGAUUGAAGUGGAGGCAGCCGAGGAGGCUGUGCUUCUGCGGUUUCCCAGACUCCUGAGGGCUGAGCUGCAGAGGGCGCUGUGUGAGAGUCACCUUUGGCUGUCUCUUUGGGAGAGGCCCCCCCGCAGCCCCUUUACCCGGCUGCAGAGAGCCACUUGCUGUGCUGUGUUGCUGCAGCUUAUCCUGCUAGCAAACACUCUGUGGUACAGUAUUAUAGUGGACACAAGAUACAGCAAAAGGGUUGUGUCCCUAUAUACCUCACUGAACGCAGAGACGUUAGCAGCCGGCGUGGUGGCCUGUCUGAUCGUUUACCCGCUCUACCUGUUGGUCUUCGCUGUAUUCAGAAUGAGCCGCAGCAAGUCCGUGACCGUGGAGCAGGUGUCUUCACAAGGGGAUCAGGAGUCAGUGGUGAUUGAUGACUUCCUGGAUAACUCAUUGGGAGGAAGUUCUAUCCUCUUUUUUAAUGGAGAGACCAGCUCAGAGGAGACAAAUGUGGAUCUGCCGUCUCUCUCUCUUAAAAGUGAUGACACCUGGGACAUGCCAGAGGAGGACACAGAUGACCGAGACUGGCCGGACGGGAUGAAUGAUGAAGCUGUGGUGGGAGGGGCCGGACACGGGGCAGGGAUGCCCAGGCUGAAGAGGGUAAAGGGGAGCAGAUACCUGGGUGAAGACAUGACCCUGAACCCUGAGGAGGAGGGAUCUGAUCCAUGUAACAAAAAUUUUAAUUCAUCAGAUGAGGAUCUGAUUAAACACAUACUCGAAGAUGGGCAGAAUUUCUUUCCUCAGGCAGAUGAGAGUGAGAUGGCUGACCUGUCAAGUAUUUUUGGGGACAAAACAGAAGUGAUUCUUCUUCAGAAACUGAGUGAACCUCUUACCCUUGAAUCCAUAAGGAGGGAUCCACCAAAAACAGCUUUCAUGUCAAAUACAGUAAUAACUGAUGUGUGCCGUCCCCGGCGGUUCCCUCCCUGGUGCGGACUGGCGGCGAUGUGGGGCAGCUGGGCUGGAAUCGCUCUGGCCAGCUGUGUUUCCAUUUGGGCGGGCUACGGGUUCAGUGAGAAGGUGGCCAUGAUGUGGUUAAUCUCCUGCUUCGCUAGUUUCCUCUGCUCAUGUCUGCUGUUGGAGCCAAUUAAGGUGCUAUGUGAGGCUGUUUACUUUGCUGUGUGUGUGCGUCGCCUGCGUCCAGAGGACAGCGAUGUUCUGGUGGAUUACCCUCGAGAGGAGCGAGUGGUCCAGCGGGUCACUAGGGUGAGACCGCCACAGGGCUUCGCUCUGUCUCAGGCCCGACACCAGGCCCGCAAGGUCCACAUGCUGCACACCAUGCUGAAGAAUUUCCUGGUCUACAUGUUUUUCCUGCUGGUCGUCCUGCUUCUCAACUACUCUGACUCGGCCAAAGACACGCACAGUUUGAGACUGAGGACUCAGCUGCAACGAGCCCUACUGACACCUGAGUACCACACAAUUAGCAGACGAAAAGACGUUUUGGUCUGGCUUAAUGACUCUCUGCUGCCUCGGCUCCUGGAUGAGUCCUCACUCCUCAGAGACACAGGGAGCAUGCUGGUCGGCUGUCUGAGGCUCCAACAAACCCGUGACACACAGCCUUUAGGGGGUUUCAGACCAAGAGAACGAUCCCCUCAUUUGAUUACAUCCCUAACCAGAGCCAGAGAGAAUGCAUCGGUCACUGCUGGCAUCCAUACAGAUUGGGCUCAGAUGGAAGAGUCUGACAGAAACAUGGUUCACCACUUUAACGGGAGUCUGAAGGAGGCCUCCUCGUCUCUGCAGCAGCAGCUGCAAAUGACCAACCACAAGACUCGAGCAAUGUUUGUGGAGUUCUCCCUCUACAACAUCAACACAAACCUGCUGGCCGUAUGCAGGUUUCUGUUUGAGUUCCCGGUUUCUGAGCGUGCUCAGUCCAGCCUUGAUCUCAUUGUCAUCACUUUGUGGCCAAUCUCAGGCCUGGACCUCCAGCUUCUUCUCACGAUGGUCCUCCUCUGCCUGAUCUUGUAUUUCCUGGUGCGAGGGAUUCUGGGCUUCCUCAAAGAGGGCUACAGAUACCUGUUGUCAUCGUGGAGAGUAAUGGGUAUAUGUAAGCUGUGUUUGGCUGCAUCUGUGUGCGGGUUACACCUGAGUCGCUCUGUUAUGGCCAAGCAGCAGUGGACAUUGUUCCUGAAGCAACCCAACAACGCUUUUAUAGACUUCUACCCACUGGCCAGGCGGAGUCAGCUGUACACCGUCAUGUCUGCCAUGCUGCUGUUCAUUCUGGUUCUGAAGGCAUCGCACCAGUUGCGUUUUCUUCGUGAGUGGGCGGUGUUUGGCAGAGCUCUGCGCCGCUCGGCCUGGGAGCUCCUGGGAGUCGCCUUGGCUCUGUUGCUGUUGGUUCUGGCUUACUCCCACACAGGACACCUGCUCUUCCACUCUGUGUUGGAUGGGUACGGCAGCGUGAGCUCCGCCUGUCUGUCUUUACUGGGUGCUGGAGGGAGGGGCCUUGUAUCGUGGCUCCCUGCCUUGGCAAUGACUGGUCCGUCCAACUCCGUCUCCACCCUGACAUUCCAUGCAACAUUUGCGCUCCUAAGGCUAGUUUUCCUGUGGUUGAUCAUCUCUGUGCUGCUGAGGAACUACCGGCGUGCCCGAGCAGAGCUCUAUCGCCCCGCUGUAGAUCUCCAAGACUACGAGAUGGUGGAACUGUUCGUCAGAAGACUCAAAAUGUGGAUGGGACUUAGCAGGACCAAAGAGUUUCGCCACAAAGUGCGUUUCGAAGGCAUGGAGCUCCCUCCAUCCCGCUCAUCUUCCACCAGCGACUGUAAGUCCUUGUGUCUGCCCCCAUUGGACAGUCCAGACUCCCCACCGACCCCAGAUAGCGUUGAUGCCGGCUCCGAGGCGUCAUGGCGCCCAGCCUCCUCAAGCCCUUGUAGCCUAACGGAGGCCCCAGGGAUUAGCCUCGGGUUGGGUCUAGGUCUGAGUCUGGGGCUCAGCCCGGGGGUGGUGGUAGGGGGGAUGAGCUGGAGGGAGAGGGCGGAAACAGAGGCCUCCCUUAGGAGGCUGCUCCCAACCCUGGAUGCUCUCCUGCAACAGCUCGACCGAGUUAACAUGGCGACAGAGGAUGUUUACCACAUGGAGUGCAGGCUGGAGCGAGCACAGAGGAAAAGGAGGCUCAUUAAGAGAGAAAGAGGAGAAGAUGGUGGUGAAGGGAGAGGAGGUGGUAAACAGAGAGGGAAGGGGAGAGACAAGGAAGUGAAAGAACGAAGGGCUGGAAAAGAAAAACACACCAGGAGCAGGAAAGAGAAAAAGACAGAUAAAAGUCAACCUUCAAAAGAAUCUGCAAGCAGAAAGACUCCUGCUGCCACCCCUGUUCCCUUUUCAAAGCCAAAAGCUCCAUCAGCAUCCACACAGCCCCCCACCUCACAUUCAUCAGUCAGAACAUCAGUCAGCGCGUCCUCUCCAUCUUCGGUCACAGAUAAACCCAUCGUUGACCCCAUCCCAGCAAGCUCUCCUCCUCUCAAUGAUCCACCCUCCAAAGCACCCUUAGCUCCUUCGUACCCCCGGGCACAGACUCCUUCCAUGCCGCCCACCUGCGGACCCACGCCCAUUAUGAAUAGAGAUCCUCCGACAGACAGAGAGACCCUACCCUCCUCGAGUCUGUUUAACCACCCAGCUCACACUACCACCAUCCCCACACGGAAGAGGAAACGAAAAGCCCCGCCCCUGAAAAACAAGGUGCACCCCACUUAACAGAAUGCAGGAGAAGAGGAAUGCUGAGCUGGAGAACGUAGGAAGAAAAGGUUGGGUUAAGGACGAGAGGAGAUCGAGGACAGCUGGCCUUGUCCCCAGAUAUACCUCUUUAAACCCUGGAAGAGAAGAGAAACCAAGGAAUCAGAAAGAGAUUAGAAAGUCGCCUAAAGACAGAAUGUUUGAGCAGAUUGUUUGGCAAAAUUCAGGAUAAUCAGAUGCAAAGGAAUUCGCCCUAAACCUUGGUGCAGGUCACCAGGUGACUGAUCGUACCUCUCCAAAAUCCCUACCGUCCUACUCUGUCGUCAUUUGAUCCUGGAGGUCCCAAUGGCGUUGUGACAGGAGCACCGAAAAGUGCUUACCAGAGGACUCACGCAGAAGAUAAGAGACUUUAACCCCAAACUUCUCUGUAUAUAGGAUUCCUUGCUCAAUGUCGUCUGUCUUUAUUUUGUUAAAGAUAUCGUUUCUUGCAGGCACGCACAUUGUAUACACAAGUAUCUAACACUGUAGUCAUGUAUCAGCAGGUGGAAAUUGGUCUUGUGCUCCGAACCAUGCGGGGCUCUAGGAAACAUGCACAUGAUGGCGUUUAGAUUUCAGCAGCUUGCCUGCAUGACAGGAUGGAUACAGUGCCGGCCAUUUUUAAUUCUGUAGCGAAAUGUGCACAAUUAAUUUAAAGGUUUAACAUCACAGAAUAUCCCCUCUCAAAAUUAUUUAUUAAGUGUGGAAAACACCCUAAAUACAGAAUAAAAUCAUCAUUAUUGGACAGAUUCAGCAGGCAUAUUUAUCUAGACUUCAUCAGACUCUCUUUAAAUCCUGAGAUUUUCAAUUAAUGUGAUUUCUGCCAGCUCUGUUAUCCGGUUAAACAUUAGAUAGAGGUCUAACAAAACGGUUUAGAGGGAGGACUCUUGGUGCCAGCCGAGUCCGCAUGUUGGUAUAAACACAGAUUAGUAAAAGGUAUUAAUAAUUAAUCAAAUGUCGGAUAUUUUUAUGAAGCAUUUUCAGGAACAUUUUUUUAAGGGCUGGAACCACAAAAAUAGAAAAGUUAUAAGUCAGGAAUUUAAAAGCAUUGGAGGAGCAGCUCCCCAUUAGUAAAUAAACCACAUUCAUUUAGCAUCGUCACACAAACAGUUUGAAUCAAAUUAUUCAAACGGUCUAGUUCUAAAUGCAUUCUGAGUAUGUCGACAAAAACUUUAACUGCAAGCCUGUCAAAUCACCCAAAGUUUGCAAACUCCAUUGCACUGAAUGUCAAAAACAUUGCCCUCAAACACUGGAGAAUUAUCUCAAUGCCUGACUUUAGAAAAUAACAAAAGGUUAAAUGUGAUAUUUUGAGGUCUGUAAAAAAAUACAAGCCGUUGUUCCACAUACCGACUGUAUUCGUAUCCCGGGGGAACAAAAAGGUAUUGAUUCCAAUUUAAACAUCCCAGCAGUCAGUCUGAUUAACUUCAAAACUUACAUUUGUUUUUAAGAAAUUGUUUAAGAUAGCAGUAACGCUUGAAUGUCUUGUUUUGGGUCGUUUUUCCAACCAAAUAAAUGUUCCAGAUAUGAAAGUUUAAUUUCCACACAUUUUUUUCUUUUUUUAUAACUACAUAAAUAAUAGAUUCCAGAAUUACCUGAAGGCUUUUUACAUUUUUCAAGGCACGGCAAUAAUUAUGGCCAGCACUGUUGGAGAUAAGAACCAGAGAAAGCAACAGAAGGCUUAAGAAAGGGUCUGAUGGAGAGAUGCAGAAGGUGCUAACAGAAUAAAGGACAAAGGGAUGGAAAUGAGGGAGAUUUUAUGGAUGUUUUUUCUUAAAACAUGAGCAUUAACAUGUUAAUGAACCAUAAUUGGUUCACCAAUUAUAAAGCUAUACUGACUCCCACUCUUCAAUCUUCCCUAAAUGUUUGUUAUUGUGUUUCAUAUGGAUUGAAUUAAAAGCACUUUUUGUAUUGUUGGAAGGUAUUUUGUGGCAUUAAGUAAUAAGCUCGGUAUCCAAACCAAACGCAUAAAGCUUCACUCAUACUGUACUUAGUUACUUAACCAUAAGCGCUGCCAAAGCUUUGAAAAUCAUUUAUGCAUUUUGAUUUUAUCCAGACAUGCAUUAAUUCAUUUUGUACUUGCACUUUACUCUCUAACAGAGAUGUUGAACACCAUAUUUAAUUAUGUGUCAGGAUAUGAGUACAUUUACGUUAAAGGGACUUUGUAAAAGUGUUUCCCGGCUGUUGUUAAAGCUUGCAUUUGUUUGUAUGUUUGUCAGCUCUUUGAUUUGUUUUAAUCUUGUCGCAUCAACACACGCGCUUCCAGUGUCGAGUGGGCACAUCUCAGGGAACCUAUCCUCUCUCUGUCACAGCUGGAUUCAAAUCCAAGAGAUCAGUCCAGUUUAUUAUUAAAUAAAAA